CAUUGUAUUGAUUCACGGUCUGAGUGAGGUGACAAGGCAGCAGGAGCCUUGAGAUCACGCGCGGCACCAUGGGGCUGCGGGGGCUCCUCUGCGUGUGCCUGGUGUCCCUGCUCGCCCUGCAGGCCGUGGCCGCUCAGGGUUCACCCACACACAGUCCCAAAGGUGGCAAGAAGCGAAUGGCUGUGGACGCAGCUGUCGAUGGUGUGGUCAUCCGCAGUUUGAAAGUCAACUGCAAAGUCACCUCUCGCUUCGCCCACUACGUCAUCACCAGCCAAGUGAUCAACAGUGCUGACACAGCCAAGGAAGUGUCCUUCAACGUAGAAAUACCCAAGACGGCCUUCAUCAGUGACUUUACCAUCACAGCAGAUGAAAAUGCCUUCACUGGAGACAUAAAGGACAAAGUGACCGCAUGGAAGCAAUACCGGAAAGCAGCCAUCUCAGGAGAGAAUGCAGGACUUGUCAGGGCCUCAGGGAGAACUAUGGAAGAGUUCUCCAUCCACGUCAUGGUCGGUCCACGGAGCAAGGCAACAUUCCGGCUGACGUACGAGGAGGUGCUGAGGCGGAAGCUCAUGCAGUACGACAUUGUCAUCAAAGUCAAGCCCAAGCAGCUGGUGCAGCUUUUUGAGAUCGACGUGGACAUCUUUGAGCCCCAGGGGAUCAGGAAGCUGGAUGUCGAGGCCUCCUUCCUUCCCAAGAAACUGGCUGCCCAACUUAUCAAGAAGUCCUUCUCAGGGAAAAAGGGUCACGUGCUUUUCCGCCCCACAGUGAGCCAGCAGCAAACUUGCCCCACGUGCUCUACAACCUUGCUGAACGGGGACUUCAAGGUGACUUACGAUGUCAAUCGGGACAAUGCCUGCGACCUCCUGGUCGCCAAUAACUACUUUGCCCACUUCUUUGCUCCCCAAAACCUAACAAAACUGAACAAGAAUGUGGUUUUUGUGAUUGACAUCAGCAGCUCCAUGGAAGGCCAGAAAGUGAAGCAGACCAAGGAGGCGCUCCAUAAAAUCCUGGGGGACAUGCGGCCAGGGGACUACUUCGACCUGGUCCUCUUUGGGUCUGCAGUGCAGUCGUGGAAGGGUUCGCUGGUGCAGGCAUCUCCUGCCAACCUGGAGGCAGCUCGGAAUUUCGUGCAGCAAUUCUCCCUGGCCGGGGCUACAAACCUGAAUGGAGGUCUGCUUAGAGGAAUUGAGAUCUUGAACAAAGCUCAGCAAAGCCUCCCAGAACUCAGCAACCAUGCCUCAAUUCUCAUCAUGUUGACAGAUGGCGAGCCCACAGAGGGGGUGACGGAUCGUACCCAAAUCCUCAAGAAUGUCCGAGAUGCCAUCAAGGGCAGGUUCCCACUCUACAACUUGGGCUUCGGCCAUGAUGUGGACUUGAACUUCCUGGAGGUCAUGUCCCUGGAGAACAACGGACGUGUCCAGAGAAUCUACGAGGACCAUGACGCCACCCAGCAGCUGCAGGGUUUCUAUGAGCAGGUAGCCAACCCCCUCCUGAGGGAUGUGGAGUUGCUGUACCCCCAGGAAGCCGUCUCAGACCUGACCCAGCACCGCCAUAAACAGUACUACGAAGGCUCGGAAAUCAUGGUGGCGGGGCGCAUUGCUGACCACAAACUGAGCAGCUUCAAGGCGGACAUGCGAGCUAAGGCGGAAGGGCAAGAAUUCAUGACAACCUGCCUGGUGGACGAGGAAGAGAUGAAGAAACUGCUCCGAGAACGGGGCCACAUGCUGGAGAACCACGUUGAACGCCUGUGGGCCUAUCUGACCAUCCAGGAGCUGCUGGCCAAGCGGAUGAAGCUGGAGGGCAAGGAGAAAGCCAAUGUGUCAGCCAAGGCCCUGCAGAUGUCGCUGGCCUAUCAGUUCGUGACCCCACUGACCUCCAUGACCGUCAGGGGCAUGGCAGACCAGGACGGCCUGGAGCCCAUCAUUGAUAAGCCCCUGGAUGAUUCUCUGCCCUUGGAGAUGGUGGGACCCAGAAAGACCUUCAUGCUAGCGGCCUCUCAGCCUGCUCCAACGCACUCCAGCCUCAACAUCGAGAAGGUGCCAGACCAAGUGACUGGCGUGGAUACUGACCCACACUUCCUCAUCCACGUGCCCCAGAAAGAGGACACUCUGUGCUUCAACAUCAACGAGGAGCCUGGUGUGGUCCUGAGCCUGGUGCAGGAUCCUGACACAGGCUUCUCAGUGAACGGGCAGCUCAUCGGCAACGAGGCCGGGAGCCCUGGGAAGCACGAGGGCACAUACUUCGGGCGGCUGGGGAUCGCAAACCCCGCAACUGACUUCCAGCUGGAAGUGACUCCUCAGAACAUUACGCUGAACCCUGGGUCUGGCGGGCCCGUGUUCUCCUGGAGGGACCAGGCCUUCCUGCGGCAAAAUGAGGUGCUGGUGACCAUCAACAGGAAGAGGAACCUGGUGGUGUCUGUGGAGGACGGGGGCACCUUCGAGGUCGUCCUGCACCGGGUGUGGAGGGGGAGUGCCGUCCACCAGGACUUCCUGGGCUUCUAUGUGCUGGAUAGUCACCGGAUGUCAGCACGGACACACGGGCUGCUGGGACAAUUCUUCCACCCCUUCGAUUAUAAAGUGUCUGACCUCCACCCAGGCUCUGACCCCACAAAGACAGACGCCACAAUGGUGGUGAAGAACCGCCGCCUGACGGUUACCAGGGGCUUGCAAAAAGACUACAGGAAGGACCCCCGCCAUGGGGCUGAGGUGACCUGCUGGUUCAUCCACAACAAUGGGGAUGGGCUGAUUGACGGCGUGCACACCGACUAUAUCGUCCCUGACAUCUUCUGAGCCCCAGCCAGCACACCCAUCCUCCCUUAGGACCACGGCAGAGGGGCAGGGUAGCAUCCUGACCUGCUGCACUGGCCACACCUUCCUGUCCAAGCCGGUCUCCUUUGUCAAAGCACUCAUGACUUCCAUUAAAGAGAGGCUAUGUCUA